AUGGGGCGUCGGCCGGGGGGCGGGGACCCCCCCGCAUGGGGCGGCCCCUGGACAGGGCUGCUGCUGGCAGCCUCCAUCCUGGGCUCCUGCCUCCAGCCGGCGCCGGCCCAGACCACAGUGACCAUCGUCAUCACCCCGCAGAGUCCCGUGGUGGGAGGGGACGUCAGCCUGGCCCCGCAGAAUCCGCCACAGGGCGUCGUGUCCUGCAGCUGGUAUCGAUCAGCGACCGCUGAUCCAAACAGCCUGAUCCUCACCUACUACCCACCUCCAAACCCCGUUCAGCAGAACGGCUCGGCCCACACGGGGCGGGAAACAGCGGGGCCGGGCUGCGCCCUGAACAUCGUGGGGUUAACGCUCAAUGACACCGGGAACUACACGGUGAAGAUACAGAGCCGUAAUGCUGCUAACCCUGUCCUCGGCACAGUGGGUCUGCGCGUCUAUGAGCCCACUUCACCCCCAGGCCUGCCACCCGGAGCCAUCGCCGGGAUCGUCAUCGGGUCGCUGGCCGGGGCGGCGCUGCUCGGUGGCCUGCUCCACUUCCUGCUCCGCAAAACUGGAGGGGAAUGGCUCGGGGGACCGGGGGCCCCUGGGGCUGGGGGCUGCCCCGAACCCUGGUUCAACAUCCUGGUGCAAGGAGCCCCCCACCCUGGCUGCAGCCGCUAA